AUGACAUCCUCCAACCCUGAAGCCAUCUCCAUCCCAGAGAUCCUCCAAAACGUCCUUCUCCAUCUCGAUCGUCAAUCCCUCCAUGCCUGUACUCGAGUGUGUCGUCUCUGGAGGUCCUGGAGUCUUCACGUCGCCUGGUCGAUCUACCACAUCCCAAGCCGAGAUAUCAUCGACUUUCUAGGCCAAAAGCGUGCACAGGAAACGAAUGUUAGCAGUGGCGCCAAGGAAGCAGACGGGGAAGGAUGCUCGCUCAUUCAGAGGAAGAGAGCUCGUUUCGUCCGAGAGUUCAAAAAGCAGUGCUUUCGGAUCCAGUCCUUGACGGUCGGGGACGAGAGUCAGAGCGAGAUGUUAGAGGCGGAGACCGUUGAUUCGGACGACCUCUCAAAGUGGGAGUGUGCUCUUCCCGCCAGUCUGAUCAGCUUGGUGCACCUCCGCUUCAGACCCUACUAUCACAUUCAUGCGCCUAUAGGCCCGAACUUACCUUCGGGCAUCGUCGUCGGCCUCAUUUCCCAGAACCCAAACCUCCAGCACCUCGAGUUCCUGUCGCUUCGACAGCAAUCGUAUCGUGUCUUAUUCGCCGCCCUAAGGAGCUGUCAGCUGCAGCAAUUGAGACGAUUGGAGCUCUGCUGUGAUCUGGAGAGUGAUGGACUCUCGGAACUAUUGGAUCUAUUGGCUGUGCGGAGUAAAUUCGAGUCUCUGGAGCUGGAACAGGAACGUUCUUUGGAACCUACGACACUGGGCUGGGACCUGGAGGAGCUCAUCAUUCGGAGCAAGGGCAACAGUUCUCGUUCUUUCGAGCAGUUUGUGAGAAAAUCCCUCAACGACACAACCCCUCCACGCCCGGUCGCUGUUAGGAAGUUGACACUGUUCGAUUUCUGUCUGGCAGUGUACUUGGACGGGCAGGAGGAAGACGAGAAUGGGAGGCUGCAGAUUGAUGGGUCGCUCCUCUAUCACCUCUGUCGACGAUUCCCGGUGCUGCAACGGCUGCAAGUUUCGCCCGACAUCUCGAUCGACUACGAGCCAUCCCCGGUUUCCUUUGGGAAUCAAAUUUACAACCUUUUCCGGGAUCUGGAUGAAUUCGAGUCUUUUGUGUCCUGGCAGCCGGAGGAGCUUGCGAGGGCGAUGAUCAAGGCUUGCCCAAAGCUGACGGAGAUCGAUCUGAGCCACCACCGUGAACUCCACCCUGAGGACUGGGACCUACUUUUACAACACUUCGCGCCUCAACUGGAAUCCUUGGCAGCAUGGAAUGUCGACCAACUGCAGCCUCAAGAACUGAUCCGGCUCGUCCCGCCUUCGCCAACACUCGUCAGGCACUUUGGGGGUCACCUCUCCCAGAAAUGGGUCGGCCUACAGGAGCUUGACAUCAGCGCCAACGGCUCACUGGCACCGGCUAUCCACAUGUUCCUCAAGUAUGUCCCGACAUUACGACACUUCAAGGCCCUGGGCGUUCCUAUCGAGGCGAAUCAGCUGCUUAGGUUCGACUGGGUGUGUACUGGCUUGGAAACACUUGCGAUACAUAUCAUCAUUCCGACGCAGGCUUGGCCAGAGUAUAGGAUCUGGCGCUGGGAUGAUGGCAAGGACAAGUGGCGAAUGAUCGAUGAGGCCGAGUGCCUUGCCAUGGAUAUAGAGGUGCCUCUGCUCCCGACCCUGCAAAAAUCGUAUGAUGGUAACAAGCAAGAAGACAGCAGCUCGGACUCGGAUACCUACCUGAGAUCCAGCGACUCUAGCUCGGACUCCUCUUCAGAUUCAGAUUCAGACGCUGACUCCAGCUCGGACUCAGAUGAUAGUGGGAACGAGAGUUCUACAUCGGCCCCAGCAGAAUCAGAGCUUACAGGAGCAUCUAGCGAGGCUCUGCCCAAGAAGCGCGUGACACACAGUGCACAUAUCCAAAUUGCAAUAUGCAAGCAGCUAGGACGACUGACAAGAUUGAGGGAGUUGACGCUUGAAGGACGCCAGGACUACCGAUACGACAACAAGGAGUGGGACUGCCUUCGCCUAACCCUGGAGACUGGGCUCGACCACCUGCGACCUCUGCAGGCGAACUUGAGGAAGCUGGUCGUAUUCCAGUUGGAAGAGGAGCUCUGUGGGCGAAAGGAGAUGGAAUGGAUCGCACAGAAUUGGGUGCAUCAAGACAACGCCGCCUGGCAACGUGCGUUUGAGGCGUGUGGUGGUUCAAGUUCUACACCACUAGGACUGGCUUCCAAUUCUUCCACGACUCUGGAAAUAGGAGGGGAAGGGACAGCUAUUCUUUUGUGCCCCAAGUUUCAAGAGCUGCUUGGUGUUAGUGUUUGCGGGAAGAGGCAGGUGUCAGCGUUGGAGGCAAACGUGAACGUUGCCUGGCUGGAGGGACAGUGCCGGCAGUUAGCGGUCGAGAAGGAUGUUGCCCGGGACCGUGAGUCCUUUUUUUACGGACAAUACCAGGACUACUGA